AGAAGAAGGAGAUGUCGGAAGCAUUUCGAGGUGAAGCCAAGCUCACUUCCGUUCCUCAUUCAGCGAGAGCACGGCAGCUUUCUCAGCUCUUCAAACGGGAGCUGAAUUCUGUGACCAGACAUCAUGACACUGUUUCACUUCGGGAACUGCUUUGCCCUGGCGUAUUUCCCUUACUUUAUAACAUACAAGUGCAGUGGCCUUUCAGAGUACAAUGCCUUCUGGAGAUGUGUCCAGGCUGGAGCAACCUACCUGUUUGUCCAGCUCUGUAAGAUGCUGUUCCUAGCUACAUUUUUCCCCACAUGGGAAGGAGGAGCUGGAGUUUAUGACUUUGUUGGGGAGUUUAUGAAGGCAACAGUGGACCUGGCGGACCUGUUGGGCCUUCAUCUUGUGAUGUCUAGAAAUGCUGGGAAAGGAGAGUACAAGAUCAUGGUGGCUGCGAUGGGCUGGGCAACAGCUGAACUUGUGAUGUCCAGGUGUCUUCCCCUGUGGGUGGGAGCCAGAGGGAUUGAGUUUGACUGGAAAUACAUCCAGAUGAGCUUUGACUCUAACAUUAGCUUGGUCCAUUAUAUUGCCAUGGCAGCAGUGGUGUGGAUGUUCACACGGUAUGACCUUCCUAAGAGCUUCAGGCUUCCUGUUACUGUGCUGCUGGCUCUCUGUGUCUACAAGGCCUUUUUAAUGGAGUUGUUUGUUCAUGUCUUCCUGUUGGGCAGUUGGACAGUGCUGUUGGUGAAAGCUGUUCUAACCGGUGCCAUCUCUCUCUGCUCGCUGUUCCUCUUUGUCACUCUGGUCCACAGCAACUGAGUAAAACUCAGCACCUUAGGAUAAGCCUUCAACAACAACAACAACAACAACAACAACAACGUCUUUCUGGUCCUGAUUGUAUCGGGGUUGUCAUAAAUCAGAAGCUGAGUCCUGAUACCAUUUCAGUCUUACUAUCAAAACCCAACCCAACAGACUACUGAAAAAUGUUUGUUGAUAUUGACUAGUUGGACUGGUCUGACGUACAAAACAGGCUAACGUACAAGCUACCAACUGGUAAGCUAACCAGUCCGGCAGGAAGAGUUGUGACAUCGGGAGGCUUCUGUAUAUGAUUGGCGUACCUAAGCUGUGUUGGUUUUGUUAAAGUGUGAAUUUUGUAUCAGAGCGACAACAAAUGAAUUGAGUCUUUAUGAAUAACAUCAUUCUUUUCUAUGUGUUUUUCAAUGAGCCAGCGUAACUGCGCAGAUUAAAUAGUAGAGUGAAUUUAUAAUAAAUGAAUGACAGUGAUAGUUCCCUGAUGGUUUAUUGUGUUGCCUCAAAUUUAUCAAUUUAUUUAUAUACAAGUAAAUAUUACAAGUAGUUAAAACAUAACUGUAGCAAGAUUUGUCUAAUUAUUGAGGAAAUUGUAUUAAAAACUUAAACGUUAAACUCAAAAGACUGAAUGACGCCCGCAGUAUGAACACACUGAAGUCCACUCAGCAUUAUGACCAUAUUAUGUUGAACUGUAAGCAUCUGUGAUUUUUACAUUAAAGUGUCUUUUUGUCUUA